UGGAGUUGGAGUUGGAGUUGGAGUAGGAGUUGUCGCCGCCGACUUCAACAUCUGCGAGUGUUUUUGUGCGUCGGCUUCCAACCCUAAACCCCUUCCCUCACCGCACGCGCCUCUCUCUCUCUCUCUCUCUCUCGCUCGUCGAAUGCGGCGCCUUCGAUUUGUGUACAGCUGAGAGAAGGAAAGCUCAUAAAGUGGUUGAUAGCUCUUCCGUUAAGAAUUAAUGAAUUAGUGCUUAUGUGAAGAUGGUUAGCAGUGACAAGUGUUGGCGAGCGGAGGAGGCCAUCGCGGGAAAUAGUAGAGCUCUCGAGGUUCUUCGAGAGCUGAUAAUCUACCCGUUCCUUUAUUCAGAGGAGUCAAAAAAGCUCGGCCUCAAGUGGCCUAGGGGAUUGCUUCUCUAUGGCCCGCCCGGAACUGGAAAGACAACUAUGGUCCAAGCUGUUGUGCGAGAGAGUGAUGCACAUUUGAUAAUGAUCAACCCAUAUUCUGUUCAUGGAGCACAUGUUGGUGAGGGCGAGAAAUAUUUAAGAGAAGCGUUUUCUCAAGCGUAUUCCUAUGCAUCAUUGGGAAAGCCCUCUGUUAUUUUUAUAGACCAAAUUGAUGCUAUAUGUCCUCGACGAAACAGUAGGAGAGAACAGGGGUCCCGCAUAGUUGGUCAGCUUCUGACAUUGAUGGAUGGGAACAAAUCUUCAUCCAAUUCUCUUCCUCACAUUGUUGUAGUCGCAGCAACUAACAGGGUGGAUGCAAUUGAUCCAGCAUUACGAAGGCCAGGACGUUUUGACUCAGAAAUAGAAAUCACAGUUCCUACUGCAGAGGAACGAUUGCAAAUUCUUGAGCUUCAUUCCAGGAAUCUACAUAUGGAUCAAAAUGUGAAUCUACAAGUUAUUGCGGUUUCAUGCAAUGGAUACGUGGGUGCUGAUUUAGAAGCACUCUGUCAGCAAGCUGCUAGCUUGGCAAAUUGUAGGUCACAAAACUCUACCGUUGAUGGUUGUGUGCUCACAGUAAGAAUGGAGGAUUGGGAAUCUGCAAAAUUGGAGAUUGGUCCGAGUAUUACAAGAGGCAUAACUAAAGAAGUUCCAAAGGUAUCGUGGGAUGAUAUAGGAGGAUUACAGGAAUUAAAGAAGAAGAUGCAGCAGGCUGUUGAGUGGCCCAUCAAGCAUGCUGAUGCAUUAGCAAGAUUAGGUAUAUCACCUGUACGUGGUGUUCUUUUACAUGGUCCACCAGGUUGCUCGAAGACUACCCUUGCGAAGGCUGCUGCUCAUGCCGCUCAAGCCUCUUUCUUUUCCUUGAGCUGUGCAGAUCUAUACUCAAAGUAUGUUGGAGAAGGAGAAGCCUUAUUACGAGCCACAUUCCAAAAGGCACGCCUUGCUGCUCCGAGCAUUAUAUUCUUUGAUGAAGCCGAUGCAAUUGCCCCGCAGCGUGCUAGCGAUGGACAGACUACUGGCAAUGCCAUUGUUGGAGAAAGGCUUCUUUCUACUUUACUGACUGAGAUGGAUGGUUUAGAGCAAGCCACUGGAAUUAUUGUACUGGCAGCUACUAAUCGGCUCCGUGCUAUUGAUCCUGCUCUUUUGCGUCCUGGCCGCUUUGACUUGGUAUUAUAUGCGCCGCCACCAGAUAUAGAAGGCCGUUAUGAAAUUCUGCGCAUUCACACACGAAAUAUGAAGUUAGCAGAAGAUAUUGAUCUUCGGCAGAUCGCAGAGAGCACAGAGCUCUUUACUGGGGCAGAUCUCGAAGGUCUCUGCAGGGAGGCAGGAAGAGCAGCUCUUAGAGAAGUGAGGGAGGUUGCCGAAAGCAGUGGUCUCUUUACUGUGGCAGAUCUCGGAGGUCUUCGCACAGAGGAAGGAAUGGUUGCUCUUAGAAACCUUUUAUCAGUCAGUUCAAUAAAUAGCCGUCAUUUCCAGGCCGCAAGAAACUCGAGAGGACCAUCACUGACAAAAUCGAUGCUCGAGGAGUAUUCCACUGCAACAGCUCACCGCUGAGAAAAGAAAAUAUAAUGUGCAAAAGGAAAGCAUUUGGCAUUUGCUUUCCUCGUUUGCAUUUUUGAUGGUGUGAGUCGGUAUUGCGUAUGCAAUCAUUACAAAGAUAUUGCUUCCGACUUGUCAAUUGUAUCAUGGGUUUGGUGAGCUAAUAAACUUGAUUCAAGCUGUAUUUCAUCGGGAGAGAGCUCUAUAAAGGGUGGCUUAAAUUUCUACUCUUUA